AGCGGCGGUCACGUGACCAGAAACGUCAACAACGAAAUGGCAGCCUCCUGCUUUCUAAAUUAACACAAGGUCCAGCUGGCGAAAGAGUGCAUUUUAUCUCAAGAGUCACGUUUCCAAGGCGAGACGACCGGGUGUGUAUACAGCAUCGCCCCCCUUUGCAUUUACAGAAACUUUCCGACAAGGCCAUGUCUCCAAAGAUCACAGUUGAACUGCUCAGGCAGCUUCGGCAGGCCAUGAAAAAUUGUAAAUACUUCUCUGAGCCCAUACAGGCCUACAUCGUCCCGUCCGGAGACGCGCACCAGAGUGAAUACAUUGCACCAUGUGACUGCAGACGGGAAUUCAUCUGUGGAUUUAAUGGCUCUGCGGGUACUGCCAUCGUAACAGAGCAGCAUGCUGCCAUGUGGACAGACGGACGCUAUUUCCUGCAGGCCAGCCAGCAGAUGGACAACAACUGGACCCUCAUGAAGAUGGGGCUGAAGGAGACGCCCACUCAGGAGGACUGGCUCAUCAGCGUCCUGCCAGAGAACUCCAAAGUGGGCGUGGACCCGUGGAUCAUAGCGGCCGACCAGUGGACCAACAUGUCCAAGGCCCUGACCAGUGCAGGCCACUCUCUGGUGACUGUGCAGGACAACCUGAUCGAUGUGGUGUGGGAAGAGCGCCCCUCGAGACCCAGCACCCCGCUCAUCACCCUGGGACAUGAGUACACCGGUCUGUCCUGGCAAGACAAGAUCACAGCACUGCGAGCCAAGAUGACAGAGAGGAAAAUCACCUGGUUUGUUGCCACGGCGCUGGAUGAGAUCGCAUGGCUUUUCAACCUCCGUGGUUCAGACAUUGAAUACAACCCAGUGUUCUUCGCAUACGCAAUUGUGGGGUUCAACACAAUAAGGCUGUUUGUGGACUUGAAGCGGCUGGCGGAUCCGGCAGUGAGGGCUCACCUGCAGCUGGACUCUCCCAGCAAGCCUGAGCUGAACAUCCAGACGUUCCCCUACGAGUCCGUCUACACCGAGCUCCAGGCCAUCUGCGCUGCCCUCGGCCCCAAAGACAAAAUUUGGAUCUGUGACAAGGCCAGUUGUGCCCUCACGCAGGUCAUCCCCAAGGCCCACAGGUCCCCAAUCCCCUACACUCCACUCUGCCUCGCCAAGGCUGUCAAGAACGCCACUGAGAUUCAAGGCAUGAAAAUGGCCCAUAUCAAGGAUGCAGUUGCCCUUUGUGAGCUCUUUGCUUGGUUGGAAAAGGAGAUUCCAAAAGGCACGGUGACUGAGAUCUCUGCAGCUGAUAAGGCUGAGGAAUUACGUAGUCAACAGAAAGAUUUUGUCGGCCUCAGUUUCCCCACAAUCUCCAGUGUGGGUCCAAACGGAGCGAUCAUACAUUACAGACCUCUGCCAGAAACCAACAGAACUCUCUCCAUGAAUGAAGUGUACCUGAUAGACUCAGGAGCGCAGUACACUGAUGGAACCACAGACGUCACCCGCACCAUGCACUUUGGGACACCCUCUGCUUUUGAGAAGGAAUGCUUUACCUAUGUGCUGAAGGGACACAUAGCUGUCAGUGCUGCUGUUUUCCCCAACGGAACCAAAGGCCACCUGUUGGAUUCGUUUGCCCGUGCCGCCCUGUGGGAGUCGGGGCUGGACUACCUUCACGGUACGGGCCACGGCGUCGGCUGCUUCCUCAACGUCCACGAGGGGCCCUGUGGCAUCAGCUACAAGACGUUCGCAGACGAGCCUCUGGAGGCCGGCAUGAUCGUCAGUGACGAACCUGGGUACUAUGAAGAUGGAUCCUUUGGCAUUAGACUGGAAAAUGUGGUUCUUGUUGUGCCGGCUAAAACCAAACACAACUACAGAAACAGGGGCAGUCUGACGUUUGAACCCCUCACCCUGGUCCCUAUACAAGUCAAGAUGAUGAACACAGAGCUUCUCACUCAGAAAGAGCGGGAUUGGGUGAACGAGUACCACAGGCGGUGCCGGGAGGUGGUCGGAGCGGAGCUGGAGAAGCAGGGCAGGAAGGAAGCGCUGGCGUGGCUCAUGAGAGAGACCCAGCCGAUCGUCUGAGGAGUUUUCAGUGACUGACUCUUGUACA